CGGCAUCCUCUUCAAUAAACUCCUCUUCUUGAAGGUGCAACGAGUGACGACUCACUGUCACUCGAUUCUGACGAAAUAUCCAAGCCAGAGUCCGACAUUGCCACGUCUGCCGUGCUGUCUGUGUAUACUGGUGGACUGUUCUACUUGUGACGUCAAAACACGGUGUCGGGUGCUUCCGGUAGCGGCGAUGUAAACAGCGGUGGUCGACUGUGAUCAUUGUGUCAUUAAUAACACAUCAUUUUACACCACAAAUAGCGUUUACUAUCAUCAGUAGAAAUUCAUGUUUAUCAUUUCGUAGGCCCUUUAAGGCUACUAUCUAGACACAACCAUGAUAAUCUCAUAGGCAUUAACAAAAUAGUAUUUUGAUAAAGCGAAGUUAGACAAUUAACUGAGGUGAUGAUGAGGAUGUUGCUUUCAGCCACAAUUUCGGUAGACAAAUACUGUUAGCACUUAAUAGACUUGUAACAGAUUCGCAUGCUCUUUUUGAAAGGAACAAUGUCUGUGCUGAAGCUGGAGGAGUGUCGAGAGCGGAUUCGUAAAGAACUGGACAACACAGUGGACUUCUGGCUCAAAUACUCUCACGACCCUCUACAUGGAGGCUUCUUCACUUGUAUUGGGAGGGACGGUGUGGAUGUAUUGUCGUCUGUACCGAACCGUGGAUCGCUUCCGCAAGCCUGAAAUCCUCGAAGCAGCAAAAGCCGGAGGAGCGUUCCUGAGAAAGUUUGCUCGGGUCUCCUGCGGCAGCAGUGGCAAGUGGAAGUGUGCCUUCUGCUUAACAAGAGAUGGUAAAGCAGUCAAGAUUCAGAGAACUAUAUUCAGUGAGUGCUUCUACAUUAUGGCCAUGGACGAACUGAGCAGGGUCAUUGGGGACGAGGACAUGCAGCUGGAGGCUGAACAGAUGAUGGAGCAGUUGAUCUGCUGGGUUAGGGUGGACUCGUCAGGCCUGGGCCGGCCCCAGCUUCCGGGAGACGUUCCCGCCAACAGCAUGGCAGUUCCCAUGAUGCUGUUGUGUCUGGUGCAGCAGCUAACUGAAGGUCGGGGUCCAGAGGUUAUUCAGAAGUACAGAGAGCUGGCCAGCUGGUGUGUACAGAAGAUUCUUCAACACAUCCAGAGAGAAGGCACUGCUAUUUUAGAGAAUGUGUCCGUGGAAGGAGCAGAGCUGCCGGGAUGCCAGGGCCGACUGCUGAACCCAGGCCACGCCCUGGAAGCAGGCUGGUUCCUGCUUCAGUUCAGUGUUGAGCAGAAGGACGAGGAGCUCCAGAGGACUGCCAUCAACAAGUUCAUGGAGCUCCCUUAUCAGUACGGCUGGGAUAAAGAGCAUGGCGGCCUCUUCUACUUCCUGGAUGUUGAUGGUCACUGUCCCACACAGUUGGAGUGGAGUAUGAAGCUGUGGUGGCCCCACUGUGAGGCUCUCAUCGCAUUCCUGAUGGCCUACAGUCAAACCAAGAAGCCAGAGCUGCUGGAGAGAUUCUCUAAAGUGUAUGAAUACACCUUUAGCCAUUUUCCUGAUGUUCAGAGAGGCGAGUGGUUUGGAUAUUUGACACAAGGAGGAAAAGUGGCUCUGGAUUUUAAAGGAGGCCCCUUUAAAGGGUUCUUCCAUGUGCCUCGCUGCCUGUACAUGUGUGAGCGGAUUCUGGAUGAUAUGCUGGCAAACAAGGACUGAGCAUUCUGACAUGAAUGUUCACUAAAUGUAAAAAAAAAAGAAGUAAUUUUGAUAUAUCUUCUGGCCACCAGUGGCAGUUUGUAUUGACAUUAAUUAUAAGAUACCUUUCUUGGUCAGACUAAAUCACAUUUGAUCUACUUCUAUUUGCAUCCAUCUGUCGUCUUGUUAUUUCUUCCCUCAUUAUUCCUUAUGUAAAUCUGUGCUUUCUACAUGCACACUUAACGUUUAUACAACUAAUGUAGCAACUGAGAUAGAAGCAUACAGUAGUUUAGUGCUACUGACAUGCUUCUGUAGACUUUUUAAUGCAUGUUAUAUUGAAAUAAUAGAAUAUUACAUAAUAAAUGUGGAUCAUGAUUUAAUCAAA